UGAGAGGGGGGAGAAGAAUGGGAAACCACAAACCAUUCUUAAACAAAUUAUUUCUCAUUGAUUUCCAUUCUCAUUUUCUUUCCAUUUCACCUUCUCCAACCAAACGGCCACUUAAACCCUCCCCCUCUUCUUUACGUAUUCCCUAAACCCCUAAUCACCGCCAUUAACGCCACCUUCAACCACCACUAAUAAACCAGAAUAUGAGAACCCUAGACGAACAAGAAACCACCAUCGUCUUCGAGAAGCUCUUCAAGUUCGUCGGCAAUAACCUCAAGAACAUCGUCGACAACCCGUCGUACGAAGGCCCGGCCCAGGACCCGCUCCCAGGCCGCUACUGCUUCCGCCUCCAGAAGAAUCGUGUAUACUACGCUAGUGAAUCGCUCGUGAAACGCGCAACAAACGUUUCGAAGGAGCUGUUGGUUUCGCUAGGAGUACAAGUCGGGAAGUUCACCCACAAUGGCAACUUCCAUCUCACAAUCCACGCUUUAUCUCUCCUUGCACCGAAUGCGAAGCACAAGGUAUGGCUGAAACCCACAUCAGAGAUGUCGUUUUUGUAUGGGAAUGCUGUGUUGAAGGCUCAUUUAGGGAGGAUUACUGAAGAUAUUAAUGCUGGUGAUGGGAUUGUUGUUUAUUCCAUGUCUGAUGUUCCUUUGGGUUUCGGAAUCGCCACCAAAUCGACCAAGGAUGUUCGUAAAUCGGACCCGCAAACUAUGGUAGUUAUUCAUCAGGGUGAUAUUGGUGAGUAUUUGAGGUUGGAGGAUGAACUUUGAUUUUGUUGGGGGUUUUUGGAUUGAAGAAAUUGAGACAUUUUUGUUAGUAGGUAUGUAUGCUUUGUGACAACUGAUUUGAUAAAGAUGAUUACAAUGUUAAAUUAUGAUGUUAUAGCCUUGUUUUCAAUGCUUCAAUGUCUAAUAUUAGUGCUAAUCACAAACAGUUGGAUUAUAAAAGCUCUCUUUAUAUAUAUAUAUAUAUAUAUAUGUUUGUGGAUUGACAACUUGGAA